AUGAAGCUUUCUGAAAUUGUUCUACUGGCCAGCUCGGCGCAGGGCGCUUGGAGAGAUAAAUGGGUCAACAAGCAGUUGAUGUUCUCGGCGAGAUCGUCCGGCGACAUGGCGAACUGCGUAGAAACGGCGAAGAAUAUCACAUUGAAGAACCCAAUAGAGUUGGGAAAGUGGUCUUGCUCUGAUGCCUCGUCCGGUACUGUAAGUUGCAGAGCCUCCUGCCUGGAAGAAGGCGAACGUGGCCAGUGGCAAAAGAUGGAGUUUAAAGUUUUGUGCAAGCCAACGCGACCUCAACCAACAAAAGUCAAAAUGAAGGGGCCAAAAUCGUGCCUGAAGCCUAAAUCCUGCUUUGACAAAGAAAGAGAGAAAUCAAAAUCAUCCGGUGAAGUCAGUGUUCUCGAUAAACACAGUAUUCUCCACGGACACUGGGGAAAUUGCCGAGGAAACACGAAGAAAGAAACGUGUCGUGCCAUGUGUAAUGAUGGAUAUGAAGCUGAAUGGAGAAGCAAUGCUCCCGUUUCAUUGACCAUCGACUGCAAGAAGAAAAAACAGAAAAUGUCACCUAAAGCGUCUGCAAUCAGAGGAAGAAUAGCUUGCAAGCCUUCCUUGGAGCAGUUGUGUAAAAAGCCAGAGAUUGAAACCCCAAGCGGAAGCCUGUCAUUCGUCGGAAUGGCUGGAGAUAAUGAUGAACGUCAUGUGUAUGAUCUCGUCUGCGACGAUGGCUCAGUCAUGGGCCAAGGUGAAUGCGAAAACGGAUUAUGGGGAUCUACUCUGCAGGAUUGGCCUAAUUCCUGUGCACGAUUUGAUUGCUCUGUGGAUGACGUAAACGAACUCUACCCACUCUCGAACGGACAAUGGAAGUGCACCGACGACGAUGGAAAUAAGAACUGCGUCCCUGAUUGUAACAAUCCCAACUCUAAUGUAAGAUAUCUCGUGACGUGCAGUGCGUACGGCGAUAAGAUCGGAUGGCAUAUCUCGGUUGGCCAGGCGUUUGUCGCUUCAGAUGACUGUCUAGCGGAUGGAGAGGAGGCGCCGAUUCCGGAGUUCAAGAAAACAACGAAACUUUUACCUCCUGGACUCAAGACAUGUUCUGAAGCAACAAACUUCCCAGGAGGAGUUGGUGGAGCACGACUCAUUGGCGGCGAUAGAAUCGUCGGCGGAGAAACCGCCGAGGCGCAUAGUAUGCCAUGGAUGGCUUUGCUGGGCGUGAAGACAACAAGCGGUUGGACCGGCCAGUGCGCCGGCUCAAUCAUUGCUGAUCGAUGGGUAGUCACUGCUGCCCAUUGUUGCAGAGGCAUCGUCAGUAUCACCGCCAAGUUUGGUGAGCACGAUCGAUGGGGAAGCUCGGCCGAAGAGUUUGCGCUCACGACGAAACAGAUGUUCAUCCACCCAAAAUACUACGAUGCUACUGACGACGGCACGAAGAUGAACUACGACGUUUGUUUGCUGCGAUUCGACGAAAACAUCAUCGACAAGGCACCAAACAAGGAUGUCGUCAAGACGGCCUGCCUCCCAACAGAAGAUGUUACCCAUGGAGAUGCUUGCUGGGUCGGUGGCUGGGGAGCCACUCGAUACGGUAGCGGUGCAGCACGUCUACUUCAAUCCGUUGGCAUUAAUAUUUUCGAUCACGCUUACUGUCAGAAACACUCAAAUACUAUCAUCCCAAGACCAGAUGACAUCUGCGCGGGCCAGCCCGACUACGACGGGGACAACCUUAUCGAUGGUGGUUUCGAUGCUUGUCAAGGUGACUCAGGAGGAGCCCUCAUCUGCGAGCGAAACGGCUUCGCCACUGUUGUCGGUGUCGUUUCGCGCGGAAACGGCUGCGCGUGGAAGGGUGAGCCUGGACUCUACACAUCAACCUUUGUCACGAGAGACUGGAUUACAGAAACCGUCAAUAAAUAUGAGGUCCUUGCGAUUGUCAACGAAAUUUAUGAAAAAACUCGGAAGCAAGAAGGCAUUGCAGAAAUGAAAGCUGAAGAUGCAAAGAAAAAGGUAGACGAGAGCAAGAAAUUGAUGGAAGAGGCAAAGAAAAAGGUAGAGGAAGGCAAGAAAUUGGUGGAAGAGGCAAAGAAAAUGAUGGAAAAGGCUAAAAAAGCUGACGAAGAUGCAAAAAGAGAGGCAGCGAAGAGCAACAAAGAGCUGGAGAAGAUAAAAACAUUUCGCAAGAAAGUUCAAAAGAGGUCCUUGUUCCUCACAAAAGACGCAAUGAAGGAGGAUAACAACGAUGACGAACUGCCUGAGCCGAAAAGGCCUAGAACUGAUAGAGAAGAAGAAAACAAACCCAACUGCAAAGUCUGCUUCGAGAUUUUCGAUGAAAAUCACCCUGAAGCUGUUCUCACUACCUGCGGUCACAAAGCCUGCUACAACUGUCUCUUUUCUCUUCCUCGGAAUUCAUGUCCGACCUGUCGUAAGGCAUUCAGAAAACGAAACAUUCUUAAGGUCUUUGACUGA